GCGGAGGCAGCGGCGGCGGCGGCGCGGUGGCGACAUGGCCUUUGUCUCAGAGGAUAACAUCCAUCAGAGUUCAAACUCCACCUAUAGAACCGCAAGCAGCUCUCUAUGUUCGGACCAGGAAGCACUGUUUGAGAAGCUGCUGGACCGCUCACCACCCAGCCUGCCAAGGCCCGAGGACCGCUUCAAUGGUGCCUACAUCAUCUUCUUCAGCCUGGGCAUUGGCGGCCUCCUGCCAUGGAACUUUUUUAUCACUGCCAAGGACUAUUGGAUAUUCAAACUCCACAACUGCUCCAGCCCAGCCCCAGGGGAGAAACCUGAGGACUCGGACAUCCUGAAUUACUUUGAGAGCUACCUCUCCAUCGCUUCCACCGUGCCCUCCGUGCUGUGCCUCGUGGCGAACUUCCUGCUUGUCAACAGAGUUCCGAUUCAUGUCCGUGUGCUGGCCUCGCUGACUGUCAUGCUGGCCAUCUUCGUGGUGAUGACCGUGCUGGUGAAGGUGGACACCUCCUCCUGGACCCAGAGCUUCUUUGCUGUCACCAUCGCCUGCAUGGCCAUCCUCAGUGGCACCUCCACCGUCUUCAAUAGCAGCGUCUUCGGCAUGACGGGCUCCUUCCCUAUGAGGAAUUCCCAGGCGCUGAUAUCAGGAGGAGCCAUGGGCGGCACCAUCAGUGCCGUGGCCUCCCUGGUGGACCUGGCAUUGUCCAGUGAUGUGACGGACAGCACCCUGGCCUUCUUUCUGACCGCGGACAUCUUCCUGGGGCUCUGCAUCGGGCUCUACCUGCUGCUGCCCCGGCUGGAGUACGCCAGGUACUACAUGAGGCCUGUUUGGCCCGCCCACGUGUAUUCUGGUGAAGAGCAGCCAUGCCAGGACUCCCCCAGUGCCCCCUUGGCGGCCCCCAGACCCAGCGUCUCCCCGACGCCACCCCUGCGCCCCAUCCUAAAGAAGACAGCCGGUCUGGGCUUCUGUGUCAUCUACCUCCUCUUCAUCACCAGCGUCAUCUUCCCCGCCGUCUCCACCAACAUCGAGUCUCUGGACAAGGACUCGGGCUCGCCGUGGACCACCAAGUUCUUCGUCCCCCUCACUGCCUUCCUCCUGUUCAACUUCUCCGACCUGUGUGGCCGGCAGAUCACAGCCUGGGUCCAGGUGCCAGGGCCCAGAAGUAAGGUGCUCCCCGGGCUGGUGCUGCUCCGGACCGGCCUCGUCCCCCUCUUUGUGUUCUGCAACUACCAGCCCCGUGUCCACCUGCAGACGGUGGCCUUCCCGUCCGACAUCUACCCGGUGCUGUUCAGCUCCCUGCUGGGGCUCAGCAACGGCUACCUCAGCACCCUGGCCCUCAUCUACGGCCCGAAGCUCGUGUCCCGGGAACUGGCCGAGGCCACAGGGGUGGUGAUGUCCUUUUACAUGUACUUGGGCUUGGUUCUCGGCUCAGCCUGCUCGGCCCUGCUUGUGCACCUCAUCUAGGAGGGGGCGGCGGCAAGAGGGUCGGUGCCGAGCCCUGCUCGGGAGCUCGGAGAGAUGACAGGACCCGCCCGGAGGGCUGGAGUUGGGCCCAGUGUGGACGGCAGAGCACACUGGGCCUCAUCUGUCCCCAGGGAGCUGGUGGCACGUGCUGCCCCCGUGCCAGGCAGAAACAUUCCAGACCCCUUAACAGAACGCUCCUGAGACUUGAAGACCAGAAGACGUCUGAAUGAGACACAGCCACAGGCACGGCUGAGGUGGCAUCCUGCCUUUCUGCAGAGCCUGUUGGGGACUGUGUUGCCAGUGUUCGGCUCAGUGAAGUGCCAACACCCCCCCGCCUUGCUCCUUCCUGCUGACAGCAAGGUGUGGGAAUUCUCAACCCUCCCUAACCGGAGGGGUCCCCCUGGAAAAGAAGUCCCCGUGGGAUGGCCAGUCUUUAGGUACAAGACCCACAGAACAAGAUGGCCAGUCUUUAGGUACAAGACCCAAAGAACAAGAUGGCCAGUCUUUAGGUACAAGACCCAAAGAACAAGAUGGCCAGUCUUUAGGUACAAGACCCAAAGAACAAGAUGGCCAGUCUUUAGGUACAAGACCCACAGAACAAGAUGGCCAGUCUUUAGGUACAAGACCCAAAGAACAUGGUGAAGAGCAGCCAUGCCAGGACUCCCCCAGUGCCCCUUUGGUGGCCCCCAGACCCAUGUGCAGACCCUGCUUUCUGGGGGUGAGAGAGCACCCACCUACCAGACUGGGACACCCGAAAGAGGCCUUCCGGAGGCCUCCAUUCCUUAAACUUGGGCUCCAGAAAGCUUCCCAGGACUGGAGACCAAGCAUGUCAGGCCUACGUUUUCAAACAGGGCUCUUUAAAGUGGUCUUGGCCUGGGUCAGUCAGGGCUGGGUCUUUUGACACUGAUGUUUACAACAUGGUCAUUGGUUCAAGGGCAUAAUAAAUACCUGGG